UUACAUCCUUCCCUUUCUUCACACAUUCAACGUUCUCUCCUCUCACCAAUUCUCCAUCUCAUUUUGGAUUCAGAGAGACAAGAGGACAAAACACAUGAUCUUCAGAUUCUGAUCGACGGAACAAGAUUCCGAAACCCAGAUUGUUUCUUCUGUUGUCGUUGAUCAACUGAAUUCGAUUUGGUCGAGAUCCCAUAAUUUAAAAAGCUUCAAUCUUGAAUACAAAGAUUGGAUUUUUAUUGUCAUCAAUCUUCCAUUCAAUGUCUUCUCAUUCGUCUUCUUCUUCUUCUUACGCAAUGGGUCUCCCCAAUUCGCAUUCACAAUCUUCCAAUUCCAACUCGCCUCCUUCUUCUCCUCCUCGUCUCAGUUUGAGUGCCGCCGGCGCCGGAUACAUAGAACACACCGUCUCCAAAUUCGACACCCUCGCCGGUGUCGCCAUCAAAUACGGAGUUGAGGUGGCAGAUAUCAGAAAAAUGAAUGGCCUCGUUACAGAUCAUCAAAUGUUUGCCCUCCCAUUUCUUCAGAUUCCACUACCCGGGAGGCAUCCUCCAUCUCCUUGUUUAUCGAAUGGUUCCAACACGCCACGGAGCCAGAGUAGUUCAGAUAGGUCCCCCAGAUUUACUUCUCGGAAAACCUCCCUGGCAAUGAACUCUUUACAAAGCUAUUAUGGGUUGAAAGCAAAAAAUCAGAACUCUAUCAAAAGGGAGAUUAUUGAAAUGGCACUAUGCAGAAAGGAAGGCUCCCAUAAUUUAGAAGAUGAGUCAUUACUUGGAGCCUCGCACCAACCAUUCAGCCAUUAUAGAAAGUCAAAAAGCUUAGUUAAAUUGGAUGAGAAUGGUGAACUUUCUGAUUCCAUUCCUAGUUCAGAAACUAGAGAAGGCAACUCAGAUCAGUUGGGAAAAAGGAUUAGACGGCGCCAGAAAUCUGAAGCUGACUUUCGUCGCACCCCUGAGAUGCUGUUAGAAGAUAACACUGCCAGUGGUGGGUUUUCAGCCACAUCAAUUACAGGGAAGUGCUUGGCCCUCAGACCGAAAGCAGGAGCCAAUCGAACUGCCGAUGUUGAAACUGGUGGGUUGAAUCCUGGUCCAGUAGGUCUUGUUGAUUCUUUGAUAGCAUCAGAUGCGUCUGGAGUGAGGAAGUCAUCAAGCACAUCAAAUUUGCAGGAUCAUGAUACUAGCUGUUCUGCAUCAAUCUGGUCAACUUCUAAAUGGAGUUUGAAGCCAGAUUUACAAGUGUUUUCAACUGCAGCCAUUACAAAACCCAUAUUUGAUGGCUUGCCUAAGCCUAUGGUUAGUCGACGAAACAAAGCCGCGCUCGAUUAA